AUGACAACAACAACAAACAGCAAUGGUGCCGGUUCUAAUACCACAUAUAAUAACAUGCUGUCUCCUACUAACAAAGCAAGCUUCACUACUCACUCUACGACAACUGGCAAACCUUCCAGAGACCCUGACAGGAAGAUGGUUCCUAUUAUAGCUGGUAGUGUCGGGGGUGGGGUAGUAGUCAUUCUCGUGGUGGUGAUUAUUUUUUGCUGUAAAAAGAAAAAUAAGGCUGCAAAAAGUUCAAGCCCUCGUUCUUCCCAACAGAAAGACUUUGAUAAACUACAAGUACACGGCCCUGGAGCACAAAGUAAUCCUGCUUUUGUAAACAUCGAUUACAAUGAAAUUGAUGAGAAGAACUUCCAUAAAGGUGUUGAAGGCAACAGUCCAACUACCACUACCAUUCCGACUACUACCACCACUACCACUUCAACUGACACUACCACUCCAACUACUACUACCACUCCGACCACCACCACCACUACUCCUACCAUCACUACCACUGCAACCACCACUCAGACUACCAAUUCAGUAACCACCAUAAGACAGUUAACUGAUGAAGAACUAGGCGCCAUCAUUGGAGGAGCUCUUGGAGGAUUGUUUUUGCUCUGUUGUAUAGGGCUCGGUAUUUUCUACUAUUACCGGAUGCAAGACACAAAGUCUCCUCCAAAGAACAAUGAGAGAAUGGACCAAAUGGAAAGAAGAGGUGGAAAUGAGCCAUCAAGACCUAACGAUCCAUGGGCUCGCAUUGAGAAGGAAAAAGUUGUCAUGUACCACCAUGGCCAGCCCUAUCUUGUAGAUCCGAAACACUACAAAGAUUACUGUCAUAAGUCUAACAGUUAUAACAACAAAGGCUACCAACCUGACCAUAGGGAAGCAAGGAGACCUCAUAGGGCUAGGAGGCAGUCAAAUGAACACUUUAUUAGUUCAAAUACUUACAGAAGUCAAAGGUCAGGUCACCGCAGCUUCCAGCCUAAUGCUGUUCCUCCAAGGCAGGAGUAUUACCCAAACCAGUUAUAUAAUGGCCAAAACAUUUAUCUAAAUCAUCAGACAUAUUAUCAUUCACGGAGAGAAGAUAUUUAUUAUUAAGGUGUACAGCAGGGAUUUGCUUUAAGAGAUAGCAAGCUGUAUUGAUAACUAUAUAUA